AUGUCACCCAUCUCGCGCAUGGCUCGUCUCCUCCUCAUCCUACACUCUUUCGUCAACAUAGCCCUCGGCAUCUACCCCUUCAUCAACCCUGAAGAGUAUUCCGCCAUCACUGGAGUAGAAGGUUCGGACCAGACGUUGCAAUCGAUCGGUAAGUUUGCACCGCCUACCACACCAACUCAGACUAAACAACGCUACAAAGGUCUUGGCGGAAUAGCAGUAGGCUGGUAUCAACUUAUCUUCACCUUCCAAGGUAACCGUCGCAUGAUGGCUUCUACAAUCCCUUUGAGAUUGGGAUUCGCAGCGGUCAUGUACAGCUGGGAGAGGCAGCCUGUGAUGAUUUACGAACUUAUUGUUGUGUGGUUCUGUUUACUUGGGGUGUUUGCUUAA